ACAAUGAGUCUCCUCAUCCAGAGCUUCCAUGAGUGGGAUUCUUUUAAACUGGAAAUGCCGAGCAUGGCUGAUUCAAACCUAAUCACACUUCCUGGUUUUGAAGCUUUAAAGAUACAAUGCAGUUCCACUUCUUCUGAACUCCUGAAUGAAACUGGUGGCUAUAUUCUUAAAUGCCGUGGGCCGCUGCUUGUAAAGGGUAAAGGAGAAAUGACUACAUGGUGGCUGGAAGGGAAAGCAUGUGAUGGAACACAGAUUGCGAGUGCACAGUUGGAGACUCCAUCCGGGCCAGUCGCUUUCCUCGGGCUUACUUUCAAGAAGACCAUUCUGAAAUCUGCAGUGGUGACAGAGGGAACGGCCCGUUCAGGGUUGUCGGGGCAGCCUGGUAGAUGUCAGGUGCCUGCAAAUCCUUACAGAGGUGCUCCUUGCAGUUCUUACCUUAUGAAGUCGAUACCAUUCAAAGAAGUUGUGCAGCAGCUGUCUAAAUCUAUUACAGGCAGAUACUGGGAUGAUUACCACAAAGCCCCAUAUUACGUUUACCUGGUCUCAAUGAGUAUUCCUUGGACUCCAGACUGUCCAGAUGGCAAGUGCUAUGAUUACACAUCAAUAGCACAGUCCUGUGACUUUUUAUAUGUGAAGGCCCAUGAUACGCAACAUGAAAUGUGGGACGAUUGCUUUGCAAAAGCAAAUGCUCCCUAUGAUGAGACAUUAUCAGGUCUAUCUUAUUAUAUCAAGCUGGGUGUGGAUCCCAAAAAGCUUGUACUUGGACUCCCAUGGUAUGGUUAUGACUAUCCUUGUGAGCAUUUCUAUGAGCCUGGAAGAUGCAAAUUGAAAACAUUUCCUUUAGAAGUUGCUUCAUGCAGUUCUCGAAUUGUAAACCAGGUUGAAUACAAAGAGAUCAUGCAGAUGUUGCCCAGAUCAAUCACUGGCAGAUAUUGGGAUGAUAACUACAAAUCCCCGUAUUUCGUUUACAAGGAUAAAGAUGUUUACCACGAGGUCUGGUAUGAUGACCCAGAAAGCCUUUCACUAAAGUCAUCUAUUGUGAAGAAAUUAAAACUUGGUGGUGUCGGGGCCUGGUUUGGAAAUAGCCUAAACUACAGUGAGAAUCCGACAGCAGCAAUGCAAACUGAAGACAUGUGGAAUGCUCUCUGCCCGAUCAGAUUAAAAUGGAGAACUUGAACCAUUAAUCUUCACACAAUUUAAAUCUUAGUGAGCUAGUUUCCAACAUUAAAAAAUGAAAUAAAGUUAUGUAGAUGUCAGGAACAGAUUAUACACCUUAUGUAGAUGGUUCUUAGUUUUGCAAAGGUGUCAUGCAAGA